AUGAAGCCUUAUGACGGGUCUAAGGACCCAAAAGACUAUGUUGAGGUCUUCGAAGACCUCAUGGACUUUCAAGCGGCAACAGAUGCAAUCAAGUGUCGCGCCUUCCAGAUCGCGCUCACCGGCAGCGCGCGCUUGUGGUAUCGAAGACUACCGGCCAGAAAGACAGCAACUCACCUCGCCACCAUCAGACAGAAGGAAGGUGAGACGCUGAAAGAGUAUGUCACAAGGUUCCAGGAGGAGCAGCUGAAGGUCGCACACUGCUCCGAUGACUCGGCCAUGUGCUACUUCCUCACAGGCCUGGCCGAUGAAACCUUAACUGUGAAGCUCGGAGAAGAAGCCCCAGCUACUUUUGCCGAGGUCCUACAAAAGGCGAAGAAGGUUAUCGACGGGCAAGAGCUCCUCCGAACCAAAACUGGCCGACCAGAAAAGAAGAUCGACCAGGGGAGAGCCGGCAAGGACAAAGGAAAAGCUGAUUCCAAGUCCAAGGAUAAGGGAUCAUCCUCCUCUAGCAGCCAAGCUGAUUAUCGAAGGUCGGAUAGCAGUCGCAACCGAAGCCGACCUUAUGAACGUUACACUCCGACCACCAUCCCAAGCUCUGAAAUACUUACAAACAUUGAGGAGACUGGGAUGGAAAAGCUCCUCAAGCGACCUAAGAAGCUCCGAGGAGACCCAGAGAAGCGCAACAAAGAUAAGUAUUGUCGUUUCCAUCGUGAUCACGGCCAUAAUACGUCAAACUGCUGGGAACUGAAGCGCCAGAUUGAAGACCUCAUUCAAUAUGGCUACUUCAAAAAGUUCGUUGGCAAAUCGAGGUCCAGCUCGGUGGAAAAGAAAGAAGAGAGGAAGCGUUCGAGGACGCCACCUUGCUGA